ACUUCCCUGUUAAACAGCAGCCACAGCGUGACGUGAACACGGUGUUUCUGACUCCACUAUCUGCGCGAUAAGCUGAACACAACCCCCCACAGAGCGGCCCGGCCCAGCAGCUCCUAAAACCAGGGUUCACUGAGUUAAAUGGAUCACCUCUCAGAGUUUGACUAAACUCUUGGCCAUGGACUGAUGUAAAAAGCAGACCCUGACCCUGUGGUGAACAGGUGGGGUUAGGAGUCGGCCAUGGAUACCACCACCUCUCUGAAGAUGACCUCUCUGGCCAUCCAGAGUCUGUUCAGCUACGUAGAGGAGGAGAACCUGGCUGCCAUCAAAGCACAUUUGGACAAGUUCAGAGAUGUGGAUAGCAGGAGUGAUAAUGGACAGACUCCCCUGAUGGUGGCGGCAGAGCAGGGCAAUGUGGAGAUACUGCAAGAGCUCAUUAGGAGAGGAGCCAACGUGAACUUGGACGAUGUUGACUGCUGGACCGCGUUGAUCUCUGCAGCUAAGGAGGGCCACAUCGAGGUGGUGAGGGAGCUGCUGGAGAACAAUGCUAACCUGGAACAUCGAGACAUGGGAGGUUGGACUGCUCUUAUGUGGGGAGCCUAUAAAGGUCGUACAGAUGUGGUCCAGCUGCUCUUGGAAAAAGGAGCUAACCCCAACAUCACUGGUCAGUACAGCGUCUACCCCAUUAUCUGGGCGGCAGGUCGAGGCCACGCAGAGAUUGUCCAUCUCCUGCUGCAGCACGGAGCCAAGGUCAACUGCUCCGACAAGUACGGUACCACUCCUUUGAUCUGGGCAGCCAGGAAGGGCCACUAUGAAAGUGUAAUGCACCUUCUGGCCAACGGGGCUGAUGUGGACCAAGAAGGAGCGAACUCAAUGACGGCUCUGAUUGUGGGAGUGAAAGGUGGCUAUACAGAGGUUGUGAAGGAGCUGCUGAAGAGAAACCCAAAUGUCAACAUGACGGACAAGGAUGGCAGCACAGCCCUGGCCAUUGCUGCCAAGGAGGGUCACACCGAGAUCGUACAGGACCUGCUGGACGCCGGCACCUAUGUCAAUAUCCUGGACAGGAGUGGGGAGACAAUGCUGAUUGGAGCAGUGAGAGGAGGUCAUGUGGAGAUAGUCCGAGCUCUGCUGAACAAAUACGCUGAUAUUGACGUCAGGGGCCAGGAUGGAAAGACUGCCCUCUACUGGGCGGUGGAGAAAGGCAACGCCACCAUGGUGAGAGACAUCCUGCAGUGUAACCCUGACACCGAGAGCUGCACUAAGGAGGGAGAGACCCCACUUAUCAAAGCCACAAAAAUGAGAAACAUAGAGAUAGUGGAGCUCCUGCUGGAUAAAGGUGCCAAGGUGUCUGCAGUGGAAAAGAAAGGAGACACACCCCUCCACAUUGCCAUUAGAGGGCGCAGCCGUAAGUUGGCUGAGCUGCUGCUGAGGAACCCUAAAGAUGGCCGCCUGCUUUACCGCCCCAACAAAGCUGGAGAGACUCCAUACAACAUCGACUGUACCCACCAGAAAAGCAUCCUCACACAGAUAUUUGGAGCCAAGCACCUCUCCCCCUCUGAGUCAGAUGGAGACAUGUUGGGUUAUGACCUUUAUAGCAGUGCUCUAGCAGACAUCCUGAGUGAGCCCACCAUGCAGCCACCGAUCUGUGUUGGACUGUACGCUCAGUGGGGCAGCGGCAAGUCUUUCCUUCUCAAGAAACUGGAGGAUGAGAUGAAGACCUUUGCAGGCCAGCAGAUCGAGCCAUUGUUCCAGUUCUCCUGGCUGGUGGUCUUUCUCACCCUGCUACUCUGCGGCUCAGUGGCCGUGGUUCUGGGCUUCACUGUUGAUCCAAAGCUGGCAAUUGCCGUCUCCCUCAGCCUCCUCGCUCUGCUCUACAUCUUUUUUGUGUUGGUGUACUUUGGAAGUCGGCGAGAGAGGGAGAGCUGGAACUGGGCGUGGCACAUCAGCACCCGUCUGGCUCGCCAGGUCGGUUACCUGGAGCUGCUGCUCAAACUGAUGUUUGUCAACCCACCUGAACUUCCUGAGCAGACCACCUGCGCACUGCCAGUCAGGUUCCUGUUCACCGACUAUAAUCGUCUGUCCAGUGUUGGAGGGGAGACCUCCAUGGCUGAGAUGGUUGCCACGCUCUCUGAUGCCUGUGAGCGGGAGUUUGGCUUCAUGGCCACCAGACUCUUCAGGGUUUUCAAGAAAGAUGAGAUCCAAGGUAAAAAGUGGAAGAAAACAUGUUGUGUUCCCUCAUUCGUGCUGUUUGCCUUGACCCUGGGAUGCCUGAUCACUGGCAUGGCCCUGCUGGCCAUCUUUAAGGUGGACCCUGAUAAUUUCACAUUAAACGCAGUGCUGAUAGCCAUGGCCAGUGUGGUGGGCCUGGCCUUACUGCUCAACUGUAGGACCUGGUGGCAGGUGGCUGACUCCGUCCUCAACUCCCAGAGGAAACGGCUGCACAGUGCUGCCAACAACUUGCAUCGACUCAAGAGUGAAGGAUUUAUGAAGGUUCUGAAGCAUGAAGUGGAGCUAAUGUCAAAAAUGGCCAAAACCAUUGAUGGCUUUACCCAGAACCAGACACGCAUGGCCGUCAUCAUCGACGGACUGGACGCCUGUGAGCAGGACAAAGUUCUGCAGAUGUUGGACACGGUGAGGGUACUCUUCUCCAAAGGCCCUUUUAUCUCCAUCUUUGCCAGUGACCCCCAUAUCAUCAUCAAAGCUAUCAACCAAAACCUCAACAGUGUGCUGAGAGACUCCAACAUCAAUGGACACGACUACAUGAGGAACAUCGUCCACCUGCCAGUGUUCCUCAACAGCCGAGGUCUCAGCACGGCCAAAAAGCUCUGCAUGGCAGCGCCCAUCAAUGGAGAGACCUCGCCUGCUGAGGGAUGGCAUGAAGACGGGGACAGGAAGAUGUCUCAGAGCAGCCUGGGCCAAGACCAGGCCAAGUUUGGCAGCAAGAACGCCCUAAACCGCAGGGACACAUACCGGCGUCGGCAGAUGCAGAGGACCAUCACCAGACAGAUGUCCUUCGACCUGACCAAGCUGCUGGUGACCGAGGACUGGUUCAGUGAUAUAAGCCCACAGACCAUGAGGAGGCUGCUCAACAUUGUUUCUAUCACGGGUCGUCUGCUGCGGGCCAAUCAGAUCAUCUUCAACUGGGAUCGGCUGGCGUCAUGGAUCAACCUGACGGAGGAGUGGCCUUACAGGACAUCGUGGAUCAUCCUCUUUUUGGAAGAGACUGAAGGAGUGUCCGACCACAUCGCUCUCAAGACAAUCUAUGAGAGAAUCUCCAAGAACAUCCCCACCACAAAGGACGUAGAACCGCUGCUGGAGAUUGAUGGAGACAUCCGCAGCUUUGAGGUCUUCCUGUCGUCCAGGACGCCCGUUCUCGCUGCUAGAGAUGUUGAGAUGUUCCUGCCCUGCACCGUCAACCUGGACCCCAAACUCAGGGAGAUCAUAGCAGAUGUGCGAGCGGCCAGGGAGCAGAUGCACAUGGGAGGAGUGACCUAUCCCACGCUGCCCAUGCAAGAGGCAGUGCCCCGUCCACAGUCGGGCUAUGGCCAGCCCCCUGCCGCCUGCUCCCCAGCGGGCUCCUUCACCGGAUCUCUGCCUCCUCAGCCUCACAGUGCCUACUUCAGUGGGAUGACUGGCCCUCAGCACCCCUUUUACAACCGGCCUUAUUUCCCCCAUCAUGUGUAUCACCUGCCACGGCCUUUCUCCCACCAUGUCCCCUCAUCCUCGCGCCCCUCCAUUAAACCACAUGGUCAACAUAAGGACAACACCAACGGACUUGUCUCCCCUGCGGUCCUGCUUAGCUCAAUGAACACAGAUGCCGUGUGUGAGCGUCUCAGACAGCUGGAUGGAAUCGACCCCAGCAUGCUGCCUCAGUACACAUCCACCAUCAAGAAGGCUAACAUAAAUGGUAGAGUGCUGUCUCAGUGCAACCUGGAUGAGCUGAAGAAAGAGAUGGAGAUGAACUUCGGCGACUGGCAGCUCUUCAGGGGAACGGUGAUGGAACUACGUCACACUGAAACCCAGGCUCUGCUUCAAGAUGAGUCCCGAGCUGCUAGCGAGCAGGACAGCAGCUUGCACCACGGGGAGCCCAGCAGACGCUCAGGGGGGGCCCAGCAUGAAGCGGCAGCCUUCAGCCUGAAUCUCAGCUUUGAGGAGCUCAGCGGAGCGGGGCUGGAGGAACCUCCGAGACACAGCAACAACUCACACUGGCCGGUGGCAAAUCUCCACACCUCAAGCAUGUCCAGCCUCAACUCUCAGGAAUCCUCAAAUGACAUCUGCAAGCUGACAGACAAGCAGCAGGCUGAGUAUCAUGAUGCCUACAGGGAGUACAUCUCUCAGAUGGCGCAGGUGGAGAUGUCCGGCGGUGCUGGGGAGAGGCCCGUGCAGCCCCACCCUGGACAGUUCCUUCAGGCUGCCGGCUCAGAGGACAAAGGGGCCAAGGAAGGAGCUGACCAAGACAGCCGCAAGUCCUUCACCAAGAGAGGCUCCAAGCCUAGCGAUGCCACAGACUUCCCCUCAGGGACCGAUGCCCAGCCUCUAGACCCCAUCAGUGAAGAGGAUGAGAAGCUGGACCACAGCUCGUUAUCCAGGAUUCCAGGCUCACGGAAGGUAGGCAGGUCAUUCUACCACAAGCUGCCCAGCGAUGAAGACUCCGGCCCGGAGGAGUCGGACAACACCACACCUCUCCUCCGCAAAGAGGGUAGAGCUGGUGCCUCGUCCUCCCACAGCGGCUCCCAGCCCACUGGGCUCCUGACCAAGCCUGGCUUCCUCACCGAAAUCCUCCUGGAUAAGAAGGACUCGUCGGACUCAGGGAUGCGCUCCAGUGACAGCUCCUCAGACCGCUCUCUAGAGGAGGCUGAAGGAGACGCCGACGGAGAGAGAGAUGCACUGAAGCCCAGCCUGAUUGAACUGGAGCUGGAGGGUCUGGUGAAGAAGAGAGGCCUCCUCCCCAGCAGCCUCAGCGGCCUGCAGGACACGGCGGUGGCCCGCAUGUCCAUCUGCUCCGAGGCUCCGUCCGAGGCCAGCCUCAUGGCCAGCAGCCCAGACGAAGGGUGGCCAUCUAGCGAGGUCAGCAACCUCAACUGCACCACCAGCAUCAGCACCCUGAAUAACAAUGCAAACAGGCCUGACGACACCACCAACACUAACACCAACAACAGCCAUCAGCAGGCGGUUAACAUCACAGGCACGGAUUCCACCACCUCCUCCUCCUCCAGCAUCAACGUCUCGCCAGCUGUCAUUAUCACCCCCGGCAGCAGCAGCACUGCCAACACCACAACUGCAGCUAUCCACAACCAGAACCUGCGCACCAUCAGCCUGGGAGACGAGACGGAGAGUGUCCUCUGAGAAGCUGGUCGUUAGUCCGGAAAAAAAGCCACGUAGACUGUUGUUGUUGUUGAUGAUGUUGCUGGUGAAGUUAUUAGACUGUUAGUGAUGUGACGUGUUCCAAAGAAUUAGAGUAGAUAUGUGUUUUACUGUUGGGAAGGAAAUGUGUUGUUGUGAAUCAAGAGUCGUGCAAUUUAAAGUUUUACUUAGUUGGUUUCGUAAAAGACCAAAAAAAAUUACAAAUCUAAAGACUCAUUAAUAACUACAAUUGGAAGUUAACGAUACCAAAAAAAACUUCAGUCAGGUCAAAUUGACAUUGCCAAGAGUGAUUUCUUUCUUGUGUGAAUAUGGUGAUGUUGUGAAAAUAAUCUAGUCAAGUCUAGUAGUCUAGGGAUGAAAUGUUACAUGUUGUGGACAUUAUACGUUACAAAAAAAAAAAAAAAGAGGUGUUUAUCAGGAAAUGUAGUCACGAAUGGAAAAGCUACGUGUUACUGGGGACUUUUGUCUCUGAAGUGUUUGGUGGUGAGAAUAAUUAAAAUAGAUGGCAGUGUAGACAGUGGUGUAGUGUGUAUUGUUGGCAGUUUCUGUGAUGGAAGAAGUGCAUGCACUCGUCUCCAAAGUGGCGAUGUCUUUUCCAUAGUUCCAUGUGAAAAGGCGUUCACUUCAAUAAACAUUUUGUAUUGUGGACCCUUGAAAUGUAGUCUCAUGUUUUCUGUUCUUUUCUUUACGCAGGGACAUAAGCUGUUUGUAGAGAGACGCCUCAGUGGAACGGGUAAAGCUUGUGAG